GUGAAGGAUUGCAUUUGCAGAUUAGUUCAGAGCAGUGUUGAAAGUGGUGCUAGACUUCUGCUUGAUGGGAGAAAUGUUAGGGUGGAACACAUGUUUCUAAAUUCACAGGUGAAGGAUCGCAUUUGCAGAUUAGUUCAGAGCAGUGUUGAAAGUGGUGCUAGACUUCUGCUUGAUGGGAGAAAUGUUAGGGUUCCAGGAUAUGAGAAUGGAAAUUUUAUAGGUCCUACAAUCUUAUGUGAUGUUACAACCAACAUGGAUUGCUUUAAGGAAGAAAUUUUUGGACCAGUUCUUCUUUGCAUGCAGGCUGCCAGCCUAGAAGAGGCCAUAUCAAUUAUAAACAGAAACAGGUAUGGUAAUGGAGCUUCCAUAUUCACAACAUCCAGCAUUGCUGCAAGGAAGUUCCAGAAUGAAGUAGAGGCAGGGCUGGUUGGAAUCAAUGUCCCUGUUCCAAUUCCAUUGCCAUUUUCUUCAUUUGAUGGAUCUAAGGCAUCUUUUGGUAGUGAUCUCAAUUUUUGUGGUAAGGCAGGUGUGCAAUUUUACACCCAGAUCAAGACGGUUGCACAGCAGUGGAAGGAUUUACCUAGCUUAGAAGUGUCGCUACCCCUGCCUCCAUCAUCUGAGACAGAUCUGACCGGUAGAGGUGUGUCUUCAGCUUUGCCUUCAACAUCUGAGAGAGAUUCACCUAGCCAGAGAGUGUCACCAGACAUGCACCCAGAAUCUGAGAGUGAUUCACCAAGCCAUGGAGCUCCACUGUCCAUCACUCCCACGUCUGAGGCAGAUCUACCAAACCCAGGAGUCUUAUCCGUGUCUCCAACUGCUUAUAGGAAUUUGUCUAGUCAAGGAGUGCCCCUUGUCAGGCCAGCAACAUCUGAGAGAGAUCUAUCCAGUGCAGAGAUCUCGCUAGCUACACAUCCAGAACCAGAAAGAGAUAUACCAAGUCAAGGUGUGUCAAUGAGACCGACCCAGAGCUCAGAGAGGAUGUAUAUGCCUCAAACAUCUUGUUGGAUGGAAGCGUCAAGACUAACACCUAGAAGGACUGAGAAUAUGCCUCAAACGUCUCAUUGGAUGGAAACCUCAAUACCAGCAUCACAAAGGACUCAAAAUAUUCCAAGUUCUGAGAGGAAUCAUGUGCCUACAUCUCAGAGGAAUGGCAACAAGGCACUGACAUCUCAAAGGACUGAUAAUUCUAUGGCAUUGACUUCUGGGAGGGUAUAUGUGCCUGCCUCUCAUGACAACAUGGUUCCGAUAUCGCACAGAAAUGACGGGAUAAGUGCAACAUCUCAAAGAAUGGAUUCAACACUACAUCCAGCUUCGGAGAGGAUAUACAUGCUGGCAGGAGCUCACCUGAAUGACAGUAUGGGCCAAACAUUUCAAAGGAAUGACACCACCAUGUUUUCAACAUCUGAGAGGCUAUACAUGCCUGAAACAUCUCAUCGGCAUGACCACAUGGGUUCAACAUCUCAGAGAACUGAUAUUACUCUACAUCCAACUUCGGAGAGGAUAUACAUGUCCACAGCAUCUCAAAGGAAUGACAACUUGGCUGUGGCCUCUCAACAUGCCGAUGCUGUUCCUUCCACCUCGGAAAGAUUAUAUAUGUCUCCAUUGGUUCAGAGAAAUCCUGGUAUGUCACCAACAUCUGAGAGAUUAUAUAUUCCGGGUGCACCUCAGAGGAUGUUCCCUCAAAACUCGAUGGUUUCGAUGGAUGAAUUUCCCAGUCAAGGAGCAUCACUAACUUUACCGGCAUCUCAGAGGAUAUAGGAUAGAACCUAGUGCUAUUUAUUGUUUUACUUUUUAGGAAUCGUUAGACUAUAAUCCCACUAUAAUGCAAAAUAAGUUUUGCUUUUUUGUCUAAGCAGUUUCUCUUCUAUA